UGGCCCUAAAAAGACAAAAGCAAAAAGAAAGAAAGAAAGACAGAAAAGCUGGAUUCAUUAGCAGCUGCUCCCUAUUCUUUUCUGUCUCCUGGCAACCACCAAUCUCUGUCUGUCUCUAGAGAUUUGCCCGUGCUGGAUAUUUCAUGUAAACGCAAUCACACAAUAGGUGGCCUUUUGUGUCUCACUUCCUUUCCUUUCCUUCAUGUUUUUAAGAUUCGUCUGUGCUGUAGUGUGUGUCCUUUUUAUGGCUUUAUUAUAGUCCAUUAUAUGGAAGAACCACAUUUUUCUUUAUCCAUUUUGUUCCUAAGGGACAUUUGGGUGGGUUCCACCUUUUUGGCUAGAGUGAGCAUUGCUGCUGUGAACCAUCACGAGCAAGCUUUUGUUUGACCACCUGUUUUCAUGUCUUUCGGGGCCAUGCCUGGGAGUGGAAUUGCUGGGUCACGUGAUCCUUCAACACGGAACUGACUGAGGAGCCACCAAACUCUUUCCACAGCGGUUGCGCCAUUUGAUGUUCCUGCCAGCAACACACGGUUCCAAUUUCUCCACAUCCUCGCCAACACUUGUUUUCCAUGUUUUGAUCUCAGCCAUCCUAGUGGGUGUGAGGUGGAAUCUGACCUGCUACUGUUCGCCCACCUCCUCUCCCCCUCCUACGGGUCCGGCCUCUGGUUCACUGGGUUGGGUGCAGGCAGCCUGGAAGCAGAGGCCCAGUGCUGAGUGGCUCCAAGGACCUGCCAUCCCGGGGACCCCUUCCCAGGUGUGAGAGCUGAAAACUCUGCGUGGGGGAGUCCGAGGUGCAGAAGGGAGGUGCGCGGGCAAGGUGAGAGGAUGCGGCCGACGCACUACGUUGCGUGGAGGUCGCUGCACGGAGACCGCGGCGGCAGCUCUUCUAAUGUCGCCCACACCACGGAGGCGGCUGGAGCCCAGAAUGGUUCUCGGGGGUCCCCGGCGCCCGGCGCACAGCCAGGGGGCACCCGGGGAGGAUCCAGGACCCCAGCCCGAGGCCUGCUGACCUCGGUAAGCGGCAAGGCCCCCUCCGCCUCCACUGCCUCCGAGGGCCGCCCAGCUCCUGUCCACCCAGGCGCGGGACGGGGCGGCUUCCCCCGUGGCGCCGGGCCGCGGCGCCCGUUCCCUCCCGCAGGUCUCCGAGGGCGCCGGGGCCUCGCGCCACACCUGUCCGCUCCUCCGGGAGGCCCCGGCAGCAGCGGCGCCGGCCCCUCGGCGCGGAGCCCUGUGUCCGCCGUCGCUUUGAUCCCGGGGGCCCCGCUGGAUAAAAGUCCCGGGCGGCUCCGCGCCAGCGCCAGAGGGGAGGCAGCCGAGCCGGGCGUACCAGCGGGCUGGCGCUGGGCGAGCGACGCCGAGGAGCGGGGGCCGCGGGGCCGCCCGCGCCGGCCGCGGUGA